CAGAAAAAGGAGGCGAUGCCACUGAAACUCUUUAAGCAGAAAUCAGGCCUAGCAUGCGUAUCUUCUCCCUCCCCUCAGUUAGCUUCGAAUGAAAAUACGUUCAGCAAAUUUUUGUCUUUGACAAGAGGGAAAUGGUCCUUUUGAACAAGCUGUGGUUAACAUGCAAAUGCGUCCAAAGGAAUCUUAAAUUUAGUUGGAUUGGAGGAGGAAGAGAAGAAUUAGAUUAGAAUGUUUCUCCGGGGGAAGAGGAUAAGAAUAGGAGAAGCGAAGAAGUGUGCAGGUGGCAAAUGGAGAAAACAUUCCCACAAUGACAUUCUCCCAAGAAGUGGCUAUGGAGAGAGGGUUUCACCUUCAUUCCCAGCGCUAUGGUCUGACAAUUGUGUCGGGAGCAGCGUUAGCCAUCAUCAUCAGCAGCUGUUGGCGUUGGGCUUCAGUCAAGGGCAGGCCAGGGUGAAUGCGAUGGGAGGGUGGCAAGUUCAAUUGCAAAGUCAGGAGCGUAGCAAGCACGUGAAAGCCGCGGUUAAUUGCCCCCGCUGUGCGAAGCCACUCGCCAUUUACUUGUCCGCUCCACCUUAUCCUCGUAUUCCGCCGCACCUUUCCACAUGGGCAUCCUACAAGGGGUUGGAAGCUGUAAACUUGUGUCCUAAUUGCAAAACCGCUUAUUAUUUUCGGCCCUUUAAUUUGGCGCCCCCACACGGAAAUUUCGUUCAAGUGACUUCGUCGAAUGGCAAGGCAAUUGAGUUUGAGGGUGAUGGUGACGAAAACGAAGAGGAGAAGAGAAGAGGCAGGGGGAGAGGCAGGAUCGGCGAUUUGCAAUUUUGUUUGUGGGAGAGAUUGAGGUCGCAGUCACAAGGGGAGCCUCCAGAGCACUGGCAGCCCCCUGGUCUGGCCAUACCGCCUGCUGUGGCCCUUCAAGCUGCUUCUGCCUCUGUCUCUGCUGGCCGAGGAGGAGGAGGAGGAGAAUCAUCCUCCACAGAUGCUUGGGGCGGUUUUAAACUUGGCAAAGAUUUGCCAACUCCCAGACAAAUCUGUGAAGGCCUCGACAAGUAUGUCGUUGGACAGGAGAGGGCAAAAAAGGUGCUGGCCGUUGCAGUUUAUAAUCAUUACAAGCGGAUUUAUCAUGAAUCAUUGCAGAAAGGCAGUUGCAAGGGUUUUUCUUUAAAUGGGCUUGGCACAUCAGACACUAGUAUUGAAGAAGAAGAUAGGGAUGAAAAUGAUAUGGUAGAGUUGGAGAAAAGCAAUGUUCUUCUGAUGGGUGCUACUGGUUCAGGGAAGACACUACUUGCAAAAACUCUGGCUAGGUUUGUGAACGUGCCAUUUGUUAUUGCAGACGCCACAACCUUGACCCAGGCAGGAUAUGUAGGGGAAGAUGUGGAGUCUAUUUUGUAUAAAUUGCUCACGGUUGCUGAAUUCAAUGUUUCAGCAGCUCAACAAGGCAUUGUAUACAUUGACGAAGUAGAUAAAAUUACAAAGAAGGCGGAAAGUCUCAAUAUCAGCAGGGAUGUGUCAGGGGAGGGUGUCCAGCAGGCAUUGCUAAAAAUGCUGGAAGGAACUAUUGUAAAUGUUCCAGAAAAGGGAGCUCGUAAGCAUCCUCGUGGUGAUCAUAUUCAGAUAGAUACAAAGGAUAUUCUCUUUAUAUGUGGUGGGGCAUUUGUAGACCUAGAGAAAACAAUAUCUGAAAGACAACAAGAUUCUUCAAUUGGCUUUGGAGCGCCUGUCCGUGCAAACAUGAGGGCCAGUGGUCUUACAGAUGCUGCUGUUACAUCGUCCUUACUAGAAUCCGUUGAAAGUAGUGAUCUUAUUGCAUAUGGUUUGAUACCAGAGUUUAUUGGACGAUUUCCUGUUCUUGUUAGUCUUUCUACUCUGAAUGAAGAUCAACUUGUUCAGGUUCUCACGGAGCCUAGAAAUGCACUUGGUAGGCAAUACAAGAAAAUGUUUUCCAUGAACAAUGUGAAGUUACAUUUUACUGAGGAUGCCUUACGGGGGAUUGCAAAAAAGGCAAUGGCCAAGAAUACUGGAGCCCGUGGUUUACGCUCGAUCCUCGAGAAUAUCUUGACAGAUGCCAUGUUUGAGAUUCCAGAUGCAAAGACAGGACCGGAAAAAGUAGAUGCUGUUGUCGUUGAUAGAGAGGCUGUAGGUACUCUAGAAUCACAGGGAUCUGGGGCUAAAAUUCUUCGUGGUGAAGGUGCAUUGGAACGUUAUCUUGCCGAGCAUAAAGAAAAGAGAUCAUUGGCUGUUAUUGAAGGACCCAAUCGGGGUGAACCAGAUGUAGAAAUUGAGCUUCCUUCCAGAGCCAUGAGUAUGUAACAUUGUAGUCUUGGGAGGAAUUUGUGAAGGAUGAAGGGGAUAUGUGCUCUAAUUUGUACAGCGGGGGCUACCUUUUUAUGUAUAAUCUUGAGCACUGAAUUUGCAUAUUGUUAUUACCAAUUUUCUUCCGAGGUCAAUUUCAUUUCAAUUAAAUUUUAUUGCCCAUGGCUUUGUAUAGAUAACUUUUUUUCCAUAGCUUUAUUAAGAGAUAAAUUUUCUGUACCUCAGACGUAACAGUUAUAGGGAAAAUAUUUUAGAUGUUUAGAAGCAAAUAUAGUAUCAUGUAUAUGCCUAUAAUUAUGUAAACCAUUUUUAUUCCAAUCUUUUGAGCCUCAUUCAAGACCCUUCUUUAGGGAAUUAUAAGAUCUGAUA